AUGAUUGUCUCUCAGCAAUUCGUCCUCCCAGAUCUUCUCGCUGUCUGCCCUUUCCAAGGGUCGACUAACCCUCAUUAUACCAAGGCUGCUGCCGAAUCAUCAGGGUGGAUCAACAGUUAUAAUCUGUUCAGCGACAGAAAGCGCGCCUUCUUCAUUCAAGGAAGCAACGAAUUGCUCGUCUCACACACCUAUCCCUAUGCUGGUUACGAACAAUUCCGUACCUGCUGCGACUUUGUCAAUCUCCUCUUCGUCGUCGACGAGGUGAGCGACGACCAGGACGGCAAGGACGCUAGACAGACUGGAAACAUCUACCUCAACGCCAUGCGCGAUUCCAAGUGGGACGACGGAUCGUCACUGGCAAAGAUGACCAAGGAGUUUAGAGCGCGCCUAUUGCAGCAUGCCGGCCCAGGCUGUCUUCGCAGAUUCUUGAAGCACUGUGAGGAUUAUGUGGAGGCGGUGGGGAGAGAGGCGGAGUUCAGAGAGCGUGGACAAGUCCUCGACAUGGCUUCGUUCGAAACUCUGCGUCGAGAGAACAGCGCUAUCCGUCUUUGUUUCGGCCUGUUCGAGUAUGUUCUCGGUGUGGAUCUUCCCGACCACGUUUUUGAAGACCCUAUAUUCAUGACCCUUUAUUGGGCGGCUGCGGAUAUGGUUUGCUGGUCGAAUGAUGUCUAUUCCUACAAUAUGGAGCAGGCCAAAGGCCACAGCGGGAACAACAUCGUCACCGUCCUCAUGCGUCAGAAGAACGUCGAUCUUCAGACUGCGUCUGACGAAGUGGGCGAUCACUUCAAGAAGCUGAUCGAUCGCUUUGUUGCCACGAAGCAGCAACUGCCCUCCUGGGGAGCGAUGAUCGACACAGCCGUCGCAGAUUAUGUGAAGGCGAUGGAGCACUGGGUCAUUGGAAAUCUUAUUUGGAGCUUCAGCACUCAACGCUACUUCGGCGUUGAACAUGAUACGAUAAAGCGCACCCUUCUUGUUACCCUUCGACCCCGCGACGAGGAUGAGGAUGAGGAUGAGGAAGAGGACUGA